CUGUAGUAGGAUCCUGCUGUCUGGAUGAUUGACUCUGCAUAUACACGCAUCUAUUAUUAUUUCUGGUCAAUGAAAACAAACAAAUAAAAGAAAAAGAACUAAUAAUAAACACAUGGAGUAUAUAUAUAUAUAUAUCUGGCUUUACCAUGCAUGCAUGUAUAGUAUGUAUUACUCGAUGGGCAUGCUGCAAAAAAAAAGUAUUACUCGAUGGGCAAGUAUUCUUUUUCUUCAAUCAAGCUAUUUACAUCAUUUAGUAUUAAAUAAACACAUUGACUUUAGCCGUGAUAUCAGUUUCCUACGUUGGGCAAGUUUGGUAGCUGCUCACUGACUCAAUGGGAACAAGUAGAGAUUUGGGGGCCCAUCUUCGCUGAUCCUCUUCCAAGCCAGGCGGAGGUUGAAGUUUACUCAACAUCCUUGGAUUAUGACACCACGGACUUCCAAACACUCUUAGAAGGACCCCAAGAUGAACAUGAUUUGGACAGAUUGCUGAAAUGUGCAUUCCAUCCUACUUAUAUAAAGGAGGCAAAUUUAACACAUGAGGCAAGACUUCCGCACAUGCAAAAGUGCAACCUUGCUAAUAAAUGAACAUGCAUGGCAAAUGGUAGUGAAAAUAUGUUUCAUCACUGCAGCUUGAAUGCAAGUUUUAUUCACCAACUAGUGAUCGUGGCAUGACAAUACAAACACUUGCAACUGCUCCACCGGAGGUGCUGCUCGAGAAAGAGGAGGCCCAUGCCACCAUGGCCCUCAUCGGAGGAGGAGGAGGAGAAGGAGGGGGAGGAGAAGAGGAGGAGAUGAGAGAGAGCGCAGGGGCCAUGCACACACCGCUUUGUCACCGGAGAAGUAGGAGGCUUGCACCCACCGCCACAUCGCCGGAGGAGGGGGCCUGCGAUCUACUACAUUACAUGCCAAAAAGUGGUUGGAAGCACGGGAGUCGUGUGAGAAGUGCACGCAAGAGAGGAACAUGGUCGAUAAACACAAAACCAUGCUCCCGGGACUUGCGCUCUGCAAGUGAUGGCCAAAAACAUGGACGUAGAAGAAACAAUGACCAUUGGACAUCCGAAGAGGUGAAAGCACUAGUUGAUGGCAUAUCUGCAUAUGGGGCUGGACAGUGGGCUAAGUUGAAGAACGAAAGGUUUCCAAUAUCAAUUCGGAUGGCGAAGCAUCUUACGAACAAAUGGAGAAACCUAGUGAAAGCCUUCACGGGAAAUGUGAAAAGAAGGAUCUCGCCUCGUCUAGAUAAGGAUUGCAUCGAAAAGAUCCAAAGGCUAGCAGUUGUUUACCCUCGGAAAUGAAGCUGUACUGCGAAUGCUACAAAAAAAAUGUCAUAUGGCACUUAUGGUGUAGCAGUGGCCUAGCAACAAGAGUUCUGUUAAUUUUCAAGAAUUGAGAAGCAUAGACUGACAUAUUAAGUGUGUCGAGAGCAGAGAGUAGAUUGAACCAUCUGGAUAGAGCAGCCCCUAUUUCCUGCCUAACUGCCCUGUGAAGUACUCUACUAUAUUAACAAAAUGGGAAUAGAGCUCGCCGGUUUUGCUACUGUACUGUAAUUAGCUUGACCUUUCAUU